AUGACUACAGAUUUGAUGGAAGUCGAUGCCAAUGGGGAUGGCACUUUAGUAACAAAAUAUGCCGAAGAAAACGCCGUCGAUACAAUUAUGGAGACUUUAAAGGAAAUAGCAAAGGCCACUACUUCUUUAGAUUCUCGCCACGUCUGGAGAGGUCUAAAGGAUUUGAGUACAAUCAGAAAGAAUAGUCUGAAUCAGGAAUCCUUAGCCACUUUGGUCAAUAUAUUAUAUCCAGAUUCAUCCGCAUUUAAGAUUCCACUAUUGAAAUACAUUAAUGAUAAUCAUAAAUCUAACGUCCCUAACUCUGAAAAAUUGAGAGCUCAAUAUCCUGCCGCAUUUUAUAAGAUUACUCCACAAAAGACUAUUGAAGUUUCUCCAGAAUUGAACAGCUUCUUCCACCUUUUAGUUCAACUGUAUUUAUUAGACUCCAAGAAAUUUACCGAAUUAGAAACAUUCAAUUCGAAAAUUGUUAUUCCAACAAUCCUUGAAGUUUAUAACCAUCGUUCUUUAGAUCUAAUAAGUGCUAAAUUAUGGUUUUAUAUCAUUCUUGGUUAUGAAUCUGUCGGCGAUGUUGCAAAUGCUGGAAUACGUACCGUGAUGAUCAAAUCCUUAAAGACUGCAUCUUUGAAGCAUGAUAACGAAACAAGAGCUAUGUUAAUAAAUUUGAUUCUAAGAAACUAUUUAGCAGAUGGUGAUGUUAACUCAGCAGAUGAUUUUGUCAGAAAAGUGGAAUUCCCAACAACAAAUGUGUCUAAUCCAUUAGAGGCCCGUUACUAUUUUUACAUGUCUAAGAUUAACGCCAUUCAAUUGGACUAUACAACCGCUAAUGAUUUUAUUAUUACAGCCAUAAGAAAAGCUCCACAUACUCCCAAUAGUUUAGGUUUCUUGCAACAAGCAAAUAAAUUACAUUGUGUCAUUCAAUUAUUGAUGGGUGACAUCCCAGAACUUUCUUUUUUUCACCAAACUGAUAUGCAACAAUCAUUAUAUCCGUAUUAUCAUUUAACUAAUACAGUAAAAUUAGGUGAUUUAAAGAAAUUCUCAUAUAUAAUAUCCAGAUUCAAACCACAGUUGGUUCAUGAUAGUAACUACCAGUUGUGUGUUAGAUUAAGAUCUAAUGUUAUUAAGACAGGUAUCAGAAUGAUAUCACUAACAUACAAGAAAAUAUCUUUGAAGGAUAUAUGUCUAAAGUUACGUCUAGACUCUGAACAAGCCGCUGAAUAUAUGGUAUCUAGAUCAAUUAGAGAUGGUGUUAUCGAAGCUAAUAUUAACCACGAAAAGGGCUACAUUGAAACCUCUGAGCUUUUGAAUGUUUAUGAUACAAAUAAUCCUCAAAAGACAUUUGAUGCUAGAAUUCAAUUUGUGACGCAAUUGCACAAUGAGUCUGUCAUGGCAAUGAGAUAUCCUGAGGAUAGUAAGAAGGUAAAGAACGCAACACAAAAUAAUGAUGCCGAUUCCAUAGAUUACCUAGAUGACAUAUCAGAUUUUUCUGACAUCGAUGAUUUAGGGUUUUUGUAG